AACUCUGCUGCAUUCGAAUCCUCGCAGCCCGUCUGCAAGCUCCAUCCUUGCAGCGCCCUUUUCCACUCCGUCGGUCUUCUGCUCUCUGCAGAACAAAACCCGUCGACCGCCCCAUUGGUACUCUUUUUCUUUGCGACUGGGCUCCCGCUUCCACCUUGAUCUUUUGACCCGUAUCACCUGGUUUUUUUCCCCCAGCGAGCCAACCUGGCCGUUUAGGAAGACCUGCCGCCAGAAGCGCUCCCCUCCCUCCGGCGGGCAGUGGCCCAUUCUCAAUCAUUUUUCCGCUUUUACGGCCUCUGCUGCAGCUCUGCCCAUUUUUUUUUUCUCCCCUUUCUAUUUAUCUCUCGCUCGCGCGCUCUCUGCACCGCCUUUUUCACCAUACCCCACGCUCGCGAUUCUGCCCUGGAUCCGGCUACCUUGACGGUGCCUUUGGUCGCCACACUCGUCACAAGUCAAGGACUGAGAAAGGCCCCGUCGGCAAACAGAUCGCGCGGGAAGGAUUUCCUUUGAGAAGUAAAAUAAAAUCAAGAACGACACAGAGAGACGGAGAGAAGAAGAAAGACGACAGACCCAAGCAAGAUCGCCAGAAAGCAACGCCGGGCGAACGAGAGGAACGAGGCCUUGGUUGACUCGCGACCAAGCAUCCGGCGCCGCAGCUCAGAAUCCUCUACACGCACACGUUCCAAGCGGCUAGACAUGUUGGCGUGUGACGGCUGCUCCUGCCCGUGAUUCUCCUUUCUUCUUUCUUCCUUUUGUUGUCCUCUCCCCUGUUGUUCCUUCCCUUGCCAGAGCGGGCGACGCCGCCGUUGCACAGGAACUUAGUCGCCCUCAGUGCCUGCGGUCGCCAGCACCGGCAGUGAAAGAGGCUUCCAAUGGGCAAUUCGAAUGGGAAGCCCGUCGUCUUCACAGACCAAGUCAACCUCAAUCACUUCCGCCUGUUGCGGGUGGUGGGCAAAGGCGCGUUUGGAAAGGUUCGCAUCGUCGAACGCAAGGACAAUGGCGACCAGUUCGCGCUGAAAUACAUCCGGAAGGACGAGGUGGUGCGGUCAGAAAGCGUGCGCAAUAUAAUACGGGAACGCCGGAUGCUCGAGCACCUGCGACACCCUUUUCUCUGCAAUUUGCGCUACAGUUUCCAAGACAUAGAAUAUCUUUAUCUUGUUGUAGAUCUAAUGACCGGCGGCGAUCUUCGAUUUCACAUCUCGCGCAAAACCUUCACAGAAGAAGCGGUGCAGUUCUGGAUCGCGGAGCUCGGAUGUGCGCUACGAUACAUUCAUUCCCAAGGCAUAGUACACAGGGAUGUCAAACCGGAUAACGUGCUCCUCGACCAGGACGGCCACGUGCAUCUUGCCGACUUUAACGUCGCUUCGGAUUUCAAGCCUGAUAAGCCGCUGACGAGCAAGUCCGGCACGCUAGCCUACCUCGCGCCCGAGGUCUACGAGGGCAAGGGCUACUCAUGUGAGGUGGACUGGUGGUCACUCGGUGUGGUAUUCUACGAAUGCAUAUACAACAAGCGACCUUUUGAGGGUCACAACCACGAGACUCUAGGCCAAAAGAUCAUGCGGGCUGAACCCGCGUUUCCCCAAACCAAUCCUCCCAUCAGCAACCCGUGCCUUCACGCCAUAUCUUCGCUGCUUGAAAAAGACAAGCGGCUAAGAAUAGGCGCUGCGGGGUUUGAGACGUUCACUGACAACCCUUUCUUCCGACCCAUCGACUUCGCAGCGUUGGAGAGGAAGGAGAUCGAGCCCGUCUUCCGACCAUCAAGCGAAAAGACGAACUUCGACGCAACGUACGAUCUAGAAGAGCUUCUUCUCGAAGAAGCACCGCUCGAGGCAAGAGCCAGGCGUCAGAAGCCACGCGAACAGCUGAAGGAAGACGCCACGGAGCAAGAGAUCCGAGCAGAAGAACUGCACAAGAUGAUCGAAACACUUUUCGAGCCGUUCGACUAUACGCUGAUGUCGCCCGAAGACGCCAAAGCCCGAUCCGAUGAGGCCGGGCGCACAACGCCAACGGGCCCCCAGUCCGUCGAACAAUACCAACGGCCGAGGACAUCCCAUCGGGAUAACCCCCCUCAACAGGAAGAGACUGGAUUGCGUAUACUGACUCCGCCCGGCACGUUUGCAAAUCGAUCGCGGUCGUCGACGCACAGCCCGAACGGCUCUCCACCGAUGCCGACCGUGCCGAUGGACUUUCAAUUCGCGAGUCGCGAGCGUGAGGACCGAGAGCGCCGCGAACGACAGGAGGAGCGUGAGCGCAGUUACGGCAUCCCCAACACAGAGUCGGCCAUUCCGCGCUCCAUUCCGGACGAGUAUCAUGACUACCUUAAGGACAGCAAGACCAAUCCACAUCACCAGCUUCACUACCAGCAGCAGCAGCUAGACCCCUCUGCUAUGGCACCGGCUCAGAACGUCAGCGCCAACCCGAACAGGAGACGAAGGCAGACGACUGCUGGCGCGAGCGCAGGUCAACCGCGCAGCGUCAGCGCUGGAGGCGCCGCUAGCUCGGCGGCGUAUAACGCUCGCGAAGAAGAGCCACCUCUGCCCAUGAGCAGCGACGAGAGGGAUCUCAAGCGGCCCAGUGGCAUGCUUGGCUUCCUGUCGAGGAAGAAAGGGCGGGACCGCAGCCCCAAGGCGAGAGAGAGAGGCGUCCUAGGCAAGGAAGGAGCGAGGCAGAUCAUCGGCUGAGCAGAGAGCCUCAACCCUGUCUUCCCGACGCAAAACCGAGAGUAAACUUGGCCAUCGCCACCGCCGCUACGGACUACGAAGUACGACAAUGCCUGCCAUUAUUCCUCACACACAUACGCAGUCACCUCACCGCCUCUCUCUCUCUCUCUCUCUCUCUCUCUCUCUCUCUCUCUAUCUCUCACUUACCCUCACUCCCACGCGCACACAGAGUCUCUAUUCUCCACGCCUUCUUAAUGUUCUGUAGACGGAACUAUAGCUACAGGUUGCUUCUUUAGGACCGCUACUACCACUACUACUACUGCUGCUGCUGCAGGAGAGUGAAGCGUGGAAUCUCGCGCCGUACAGCGGCAGCAAUCAUUCGAAUAUCUCCGGAUAAGUCCCAGGCCGAUAACUUGUUGGCCUUUUACCAUCUCGUCACUCAUGCUUAUGGUCACCAUCUGCCACUAAACUCAUAUAUCACAAGAGCGGAAACCAGGAAAGAUGAUAAAAAGAUGAAAAGAGAAUGGACAAAGUCGCAAAGGAUAGAUCGGUGACCGAGAGGGGGUAGCAGCAUCGACGCCACUAAUCUGCACACGUGCAAGUGGCGAAGUGGCGAUACAACACGUGUUCUGAAACAUCACAUAACGACCUGUGAAUUCUGCAUCUACUUGUGUACGCAUUCAUUCCCCCCUCCUGUGGCUCCUUACCUGGUUGAUGAAACGCAUUGGGGAACAAAUUGGAGGUGACGCUCGUUUUCGUUUCGCUCGGAUACAGUACAUUUUACACACACGUUUUGUUGUAAAGAGAAAAAUUCCACACUCUCGAGAUACACCAUAGAUCAUUUGGUUUUUGUUUCGGACGCGCUUGACGAAGAGCUUAUAGUGAGGUUAAUUGGGCAUGUUCUUAGCGGAACGUAGAGGAAUGGGGAGCAGUAUAGCGCAAAACUCUUGAUACAACAUUCAAAUUGAGAGCCGAGCCUACUCUAUUUUUUUUUCUUCUUUUGUCCUCCUUUCCCUUGAAACUAGUAAUCAGAAAGUCGGACCAAAAGAAAGUUUCUCGUCCCCGUCCACAC